AUGGUUCUCAUCAAGAGCUUCGUGCUCGCCACCCUGACCGCAGCCGUGGCGGCCAGAUCCGCCGUCAUGGACCUCACACCGUCCAACUUCGACAAAGUCGUCCUCAAGUCAGGAAUUCCCACACUCGUCGAGUUCUUUGCCCCCUGGUGCGGCCACUGCAAGACCCUCGCCCCAGUGUACGAGGAGCUGGCUCUUACGUUCGAGCACGCCAAAGACAAGGUGCAGAUUGCCAAGGUCGAUGCCGAUGCGGAGCGGGAGCUGGGCAAGCGUUUUGGGAUUCAGGGUUUCCCUACGCUCAAGUACUUUGAUGGAAAGUCUGAUAAGCCUGAGGAGUACAAGUCUGGGCGUGAUCUGGAGAGUCUGACCAAGUUUCUGACGGAGAAGACUAGCGUGAAGUCCAAGAAGAAGCUGGAGAUGCCUAGUGAGGUUGUUAUGCUUACUGAUAAGAGCUUUGCUGAGACUGUUGGGAGUGAGAAGAAUGUGCUGGUUGCAUUCACUGCUCCCUGGUGCGGACACUGCAAGAAUCUGGCUCCUACGUGGGAGACGCUCGCUGCUGACUUUGCCAACGAGGCCAAGGUUGUCAUUGCCAAGGUUGACGCCGAAGCUCCUAACAGCAAGGCCGUCACCAAGGAGCAGGGCGUUUCUUCCUACCCAACCAUCAAGUGGUUCGGUGCUGGCGACAAGAAGGGCGAGGAGUACUCUGGCGGCCGCUCCGAGGAGGAUUUCAUCAAGUUCAUCAACGAGAAGGCCGGUACUCACCGUGUUGCUGGUGGCGGUCUUGACCGUCUUGCUGGAACCAUUGCCGCUCUGGACUCGCUGGUCGCCAGGUUUACCGGCGGUGCUAAGCUGGAAGACAUUGCCGCUGAAGUCACGAAGGCUGUGAAGAAGUUCAAUGAUGACGCCAAGUACGCCUAUGCUAAGUACUACGUCCGCGUCUUUGACAAGCUGAGCAAGAGCGACAACUUUGUUGCCAAGGAACUCUCUCGACUGGAGGGCAUCCUUGAGAAGGGGGGCUUGGCCCCUUCUAAGCGUGAUGAGAUCCAAAGCAAGACCAACAUUCUCCGCCGUUUUGCUGAGAAAGCUGCUGAGAAGGCCGAAGAGCUCAAGGACGAGCUGUAG